GAGGAAGGAGCCGGGUCUCUGGUUGUGCCCCCCCUCCCUAUGCCCUUUCCAACAUCCUCUCUCGCAUCGUAAGGUUGGUGGGGCAGAGAGGGGCCUCCCCGCUCGUGGGCUGAGUCAGCGGACAGCUGGUACCUUCGUCCCAUCUCUCUCUCUCUCUCUCUCCCCCGAGCGGGGAGGGCUUCUGACCUCUCUUCUCUCCCCCCCCUCCCAUCUGCGAAUCUCGUGGUUCUUCGGUGGGCGCGAUUGGCUGCACGGCCGUGUGACUAACUGCUGGAGUCGAAGAUGCUGCAUCACCGUCGUGACCACUAGCCAGCUCUCUAUCUCCCCUUAAAGAAAAACCAGGCUUAGGAGAUGCUCGUGUCGUGUCUUGGAGAGAGAGCGGGGAGGGCGGACUUAACUGCUGCGUCGGGGAACAGAUUUGCUAACCCUCCGGUUGAUGGAGGGAGGGAGAGAGAUGCCUGGGCUCAAAUCUGCUCGGAGAAACGCCCUGGCUCUGCCCGGGAAGCCUUGUCCCUGAGCUUUUUGGGGACCCCCUAGUUUAUGCAGGGUGAGGGAAAUUCAGUUUGUGCUUGCUCAUGGUUGCCUCCAGCAUGUGUUCCUGGAUUCAGCCCAGGCCUUGAAAAGAGAUGCUGGGGAGACCUGGCAGGAGUCGAGCACUCUUCCUAACUGCAGGACUUUCUCAAUCUACCUUUGCUGGCUUGAGGCAGGAGGUGGCCUUGCAGCAGUGUUUUGUGCCCACUAGUGUUCCUGUAGGGGUGUCCUUUUUAUGCUAGGGUGGGGGCAGUAUUUGAGAAGUGUAUGUACCGGUAUAUGUGUGUGUGACCGGGUAACACAUCUUCCGGCUUUAAAGGCCGGAUGACAUCUCCAUAUUGCUUAAAAACAGACAAAGGCUGCUGCUUCUGUACCUGGGCUGGUAACUGAAGGAGUGCUACUGUGUUUAUCAUUCUUUCAAACAUACAAUGACUCAUUAUAAGCUUGUCCCGUCAGGGAAGGUAAUAUUGAGUGUCUUUCUUUGUUUUCUUAUGUUUCAGACUUUGAAGCUCUCUGACCUUGGGCAAGUCAUCACUUCUCCUACUGCUAUUAGUCGAGUAAUGUUAAAGGACAAUAUCUCAUGGAAGGACUAUAGCUAAUGGAAGAGAAAAGUCAUAUCAGGACAUCAUUGGUUUCCAGGUUACCAAAGUAUGGAACAAAACCUGCUGGAAAUAUGCUACAGACCAUCCCAAAUGGGACAGCUGUUAAUUUAUCAGGGAAUACUCGGAGCGUUGACAAAAAAAUUGGCAAGCACAAUGGCACUAUUCGUAUGUCUUCCUUCUCUUUUAACUGGCGAAAAUCAAAUAAAUACCAACUGGGCGAUCAGGUCAGCAGUGAAUCUGACUCUAGUCAUAAUUCGAAUGAAAGGCUGACAGAUUCUGGAAAGUGCCCUCAGUCUGAAGGAGCAGUUGGUAAAGAAGUGCUCAGGGUGGGUUCAAGCAACACCUUCUCAAAACUAGCUAAGCAAAACAGCAUGUUUGUGUCACCUACCGAAGAAUUAAACCAAAAGGCUUUGCCUGGGCUGUCUAGUUCUGCUAAGUACACUAAAAGUUCCUUGUUAGGCAGAACUUCAUUUUCUGGUCUUCAUGCUCCAAAAUCACACUUGAAUGGAAUUUGUGGGAACCGUUCAACUAUAGGCUUGCAGAGGAAUAGAGGUAAUUCUACUGCCACCAGGAGCAGCUCAGGGGAGAGUCUGGCAAAAUUGACCGACAAUGAUAAAUCAUCUUGUGAAAAAAUGGUUAGGUCACAAAGCUUUUCACAUUCCAUUCAAAGCUCUAUCUUGCCCCCUGCAACCCUAACCAGGUCACACUCUUUUAACAGAGCUGUGGAUCUUACAAGGCCUUAUCAAAACCAACACUUAACUAUUAGAACAUCUCAGAGGUCAAAUCUAUUGUCAAGAAGUGCACGGCAGUUGGAUAUGCCCAAUGGCAAUGAACCAUUAAGAUAUGGGUUUUCUAGAUCAUAUGCUGCUUUAGCUCCCCCUGGUUUGAAAAAACAACCACUAUCCAAUGGCUCUGGGGAUGCACCUUCUCUCAGAUUUAGAACAGCCCGUCCAUCUUUAUUGAAGCCUAGCAACCAACAUUUGGGAAGAAAGAUCCCUGUGGAUGGCAGCACAAGUAAAGAUACCGAAAACUGCACCGAGGACUUGAUUUCAACAAUUAACAGUGGAGGAGUUGAUGCAAAAAGAAUGCAAAACAGUGAAAGAACUGAAGAUGGAGAAACUGUACAAAAUAAUGCAGAUAAAAUUAUUAGCAUGGAUGGCGAUGUUGAUGAAAUAUCUAUAUCUUCCUUGUCCUCUUCUGAGAAAAAUGAUCUGAGCGAAGACUUUAGUGAUGACUUCAUAGAUCUAGAAGAUCCCAACCGACCAAUAACAAUUCAAGAAGAAGUAGUUUCUGUUCAAGAGCUGGAGCAUGGCAAUGGAAUACCGCUAGAUCAGAUUUUGUCUCUUAAGAAAAGUGAAAGAUCCAACUGUAAUUCUGAUGAAUGGCUGAAUAUACGUGUGUCUGUAGAUGACAAGAGUGAAAGUGCAAAACAUCCUGCUGGGAGCAAUGUGAUUUCCUCUGACAUGGACUACAGAGCUGGCUCUUCCUUUGAGCUUUCUCCAUCUGAUAGCUCUGAUGGAACCUAUAUGUGGGAUGAAGAAGGGUUGGAGCCCAUUGGAAGUGUCCAUCCAUGUGGAAGUUAUGAUUCUUCAGAAAUGAAUAGUAUAGAUAUUUUGAAUAAUCUUGAUUCAUGCGACCUUGAAGAUGAUGAUCUUAUGCUCGAUGUUGACUUACCUGAAGACGCACCCUGUGAUAAUGUGGAUUGUGAAAAUAUGAAUCGUUAUGAGCGGCCAGAAAGAAAUAUUCGACAGCAGAAGGAGGGGUUGUGGAAGAGGACACCACAACGAUGGAAUGCCCAAGACCAUUACCAUCUUGGUCAUACUGACCAUUGUUCCCAUAGUAGAAACGAUCUGAACAGGAGCUGCAACUAUUUUGACUCUCCUCCUGUCGGUCACCUUGAAGGAUAUGGAGCACCAAGCUUGUACCCACCUCUGAGAAGUUUGCCGGCAAACACUGUGAUGCUGGAUGAAAUGACCCUUCGGCAUAUGGUUCAAGACUGCACAUCUGUGAAAACUCAGUUAUUAAAAUUGAAAAGAAUAUUUAAUCAGAAUGAUGAAAAUGUGUCACUCCACAACAUCACAUUUUCACUUCCUUCAAGCCCAGAACUGCAGGAGCCUGAACCAGUUUAUAAGACUGAUGAUUUGCUGAACGAGAUCACACAGCUUAAAGAAGAUUUAAAGAAAAAGGAUGAAACAAUCAAACAAUUAGAGCAUCGGCUUUCUGUUAGGUGUGUCUGCAACGGAGACAGCAAGAUAUCUGAACAGCCUGCGUGCACAUAUGCUGACAAAUACACACAGACCUCCUGGAGGAAAAGUGCUCCUCAAGUACUACAGCCUUCCAGCCACCUUCCCAGUUUCACAGACCUCGCCCAGGGAAAAUUAACAAAAACGUCACUCAUCGGGGCCCACAGUGAACCAACAGAAGACCAAAAGAAAAGUGCUGGCCAUGAAUCUCAAAAUGCUGCAGAUGGCUCCUUCACCAAUAGCCUAAAUGAACUGAGCACUUUAAAUACACAGUUAAAUGUAAGGAAGGCAGAGGAGAAUGCACAUUCCACCAAGAAUGUAAAAGUUAGAGAGAAACCUAAAGAACUGUCUGGUAGAAAAUUUAAUACACUACAUUCGCAUCCCUCUUCUCACUCAUCUUCCCAAGUAAAUAGUCAAGAAGUGCAGACCAAAUUAGUUCUAAAAAACAGUUGCUCGCGGACAAACCAGGCUUCAGCGCCAAAGAGUUCAAGAGUUACCAAGACUCCGAAGCAAAAUGCUUUAGUGCCUCCUCCAGUAACGGUUGCAGCAGCAUCUGCAGAUGGCUCUUCUGCUUCAAAGGAGCCUGAACAGCUGCCGCCAAGCCACCCAACACAACUGCAGCUGGCAUCCAGUCAGUCUGAUCUGAGUCAUAAGAGCCAGAAAAUCUCAAAGCUUCGUCCUCCAACGAUUUCCUUUAGGCCCAAGCAAAUGACAAAUCCAAAAAUCAUGAUGCCUCCUGAAUCUCAGAAUACCUGGUCAAAGACAAACCACUCAAGGCAACUAAUACAAGCAAAAGAAAAUAUGCAGAAUCAAGAUUCAAACAUUCAUUCUGGUGACAGUGUGGCUCCUAAUCGGCAUUCCCGCCUCCCUAAACCAAAGACAUAAUUGAAAUCAUGACUUGCAUAUGAACAUCUCAGUGUCCUGUAUUGUAAAGCUGCUUACUCUCACCCUUUCUUGUCUCAGUCAAGAAUCUUCAUCAAAAGCAUGCAUGCACUGAAUGCUUCAGUUCUUUUGGUACUUAACUAUUAUAGUCUAAUCUCUUGAUUUUGUGCCAUUUAGAAAUGUGCAUCAUCCCUUCAAAAUAUGGUUUACAAAAGUCUGUGCUAUCCAUUGAUUGCAUUGCCCAUAUGUCCCCUUUGAAGAUUGUUUGGCUUAAUACUAAAGUUUGAAAUGGCUACUGGUUGCUAAGAGUAAAGCACCAUUUGUUUGAGGAGGACAGGCUGCUUGCUGGAAAUCCAACCCUUAGUAGUUUGGACCACUGAAUGUUAGGUGGUUAUGGAUACACGUUUGGCUCUGACAUCAACUAUGUGAUAAAUUAGUUUUUUUAUCCUCAAUCUCAGCCAUAAUUCUGACUCUGUAUCUCAGAGACCUAUGCAAAAUGCUCCUAUUUAUUACAACAAUGAACCCAAGACUGUCUAAAUGAUGUAUAUGUGGUGUUGAAUUGGGGUUUUUAUUUCAUGCCAGGAGGAUCCCAAAUUGCUGUAUUUACUUUUUGAAUUUAUAUUUCACUGUUCACAAGGGGCAAACAAAAUUUCACAGGGUGAAAUGGAUAUUAGUUAAAUUUUAAACAUUAAUCCAUCCAAAACCUUUUCAUGCAGAUAGUUGUAAAAUGGUAUGUGCUGUGACCCUGGGAAUAAUGACUCCAUGACACCUGUGUUGUGGAUUUUCACAGCAUAACUUUCAUGUUAAGAUUUAACUUAAUUGUAACAUUAUUUAUUAAUUUAUGUUGCUGUUGCAAGUCUUAUGAACCCAACUUGAAAUGUUUGCACAAACCUUUGCCAUAAAUGUAGGGAUUUGAAAAUUAUUUUUCAUAAUAAAAGCUUGUUUUUUAAGAAAAUAUUUUUAAGAUACACAAACACUUUGGGACAUCUUGUGGAGUCAUAAGAACAGAACUGGUACUCUUUCAAGAGAUUAAUAAUAUUGCAUUUGUGGCUAGUUCCUAGGUAUUGAAUGAGGGAUGGAAAAUGACUGGUAAAGGAGAAAAAAUUCUCUUAGGUACUCUGUAUGAAGAUGGUUGCAGUUUAAAUAUUUAUGGCGCAAUGAAGUGUAAAGAUAUACCUGUAACUUACAUUAGCAAAUAUGCAAUAAAAUGCUCUUAUGAGAAACACUGCACACACCCCAAAACCAAAUAUGUAGUAGGUUAACUGCAUCUAAGUCUUACUCAAAUGCCAACCAGAGAACAACGGUUAGAAGGUAGCCUUUUCAAACGCUGCCUUUUGUACUGUUAAAUGAAGCAGGUGCGAGUAUAUUACAGUAGUAGGUUUGAAUCCUUUGUUGAAUGCUAUCUCAAACAUUGAUACUUCAAAAAUGAAACCAGAGCAUUUGCAGAUUGGGCUUACUUUAAUCCAAGAAUAUAUGCCUCCCUCUGAAGGGAUGUUAAAGAUGCUUGCAUAAAUCAAACAUGGUUCCUUAGUCAUAAGACUGACCAAGAAUAUCCUCUUAGGUUAACUUUAUCUAUGCACCUUAAACCUGUAAGAGCAUAUGUUUGUGGUUGCUGUCCUCAACUAGGGAAUACUCUCGUCCGCCCAAGAAUUGUCAACAGCAGGAAACAUUUUCAAGAUGCAAAGCUGGUCGAUGGGAACUGCAGGGUUGUGAAUUUUGCCUCCCAACACCUCACAUUUUGGUGAUAACUGAUGGGGAAGCCCUAUCAUUGUAGGCUCCCAACGCAAUUUAGAACCCUCUAAAUUGCUUGAAGGCGGCACAUGGGUCUACAUGAUUCCCAAGAAGUUAUCCUUCAAUUUGUGAAGGGUCAGAAUGAGUCCCACAUCCCCUGUAUAACCCUUUUGCAUGAAUAAUGCAUUAAAAGGGCUAAAGUACAACUAACUUCCUAAAGCUACACAACUUUUUAAAACGUCAGUUGCAUUUUUGUGACCAGGGAUGGGGUAAUACGAGGUCCUAAGAUUUAAAUUGUACAAUGGUUUUCUCAAACAUUGAAAUGGAUUAUAACUCAAAUUCUCACAUUAUGCUGUUUAAUUAAGACAGACUAAACACUUCCUUUUAUAUUCCAUCUGUCCAAAUAGUUUGAUUAAAUGGUUACUUAGUAGAUGUGAUCCUUACAGUAGAUACUUUAGCAUUUACAGUGGCACAGCAGUUUGUGUUACAAUAGUGUUCCUUUCUGGUUGGAGUCAAGGUGCAAUUACAGCAUACUCUUUGAACAACAAAUAUAGCAUGAUCCCAUAUUGUCAUAUACAGCUGAUACUCAAUGGUUUUCCAAUAUUCAAACAUUACUGGAGCAGAAGUUAUUGAUGCAUCUUCUUGCCCUUUUAGAUAUGUUCAGACAUCUUGUUGAAGAAAAGAGACCAUUUGUCAUUGGUAAAUGAAGUUUUAGGAAUAAUUUGAUUGUAUCUUAUCAUUCUACACCUACUCUUAUUAAUUCAAUUUCAGUCCAGAUACAAAAAAAUAAUUUGCCAACCCCCCAACAUGUAUAAUGAGCAGUCCGACAAUUUGCUCUUCUGGAAGGAAAUUGUCGCUUGCCUAGGGCAACUACUCUAAAAGCUGUUUUCAGUUAUUAAAGACCUUUGCAUCACAUUUUAAAGCUUGGACUUUUAUGGAUUUCCUUGGAUAUAAAUUAGAAAUUAUUUAUUUUUAAAAAAAUUAAUAUUACUAAAAUAACUCUAUUCCUCAGAGCACUUAAUGAAUAGUUAGCACUGGAGUUGGUCUUAGUUCUUAAAUUACUAAAAUAUAGUACCUAAUGAAAAGGAAGUAUUUUCCAAAUAUAAUUUUAAGAUUGCAUGCCCCAUUAAAAAAAAAAAGUCUGGCAAUUUAGAAUCAAUGCUGAGGAUAGCGGAUUGAUUACAUGUAAGGUUUAGAUGGAUAGUCUAAAUAGAUUGUGCUGCCAGCACAUGCAAACUUUGGGGUGGGCUGAGUUUGCCACUGUUGCUAGAAAAAUUGAAUGAGUUGCCACACUGCCAAAGGCAAUUAUCUGACAGAGGAAGCUUAGCUAGGGGCUUUCACCAUCAGGCAUUUCUCUAUCUCUAAACUGGAUAUGUAAUCUUUCCCCAAGUAUGACUAUAUCAAAGAAAGUUACAAAGUAUGUUGAGAAAGUUCAGAGUGUGAGACAAAGCUCUUUCAGGUGAUGAGAGGGAAAACUGAAGGCUCAUGACGGUUUGUAGAAAGUGCUGUUUGGAGUGCCAGGCCUGUAUUGGGACUCUAAUGGUUGUAUAUUUCAAGAAAUAUUAAUACUUAAAGGGAAGAAAUGCCAUUGGUAUUUUAAAUGCAGAUAUUUAAAAAUUUGAUUUUGAUUAGGUUUUUAAACAUGUGCAUUCUACCUUUCUGGAUCCUCCUACGUUAUGCAAUAGUUCCUAAAGUGUUAAAACAGCUCCUCAAAACGUAUAUAUAUAUUGAAGAUAUCUAUCUUUUAACAAUAGCUGUAAAAGCGAAACAAAACUAAUUUUGCACUUUAUAAACUAUGAGCUCCGUUGCUUGGAGUUGUGCCUAAAUUUAAUCUAAAUGCCUGUGGUUGAGUUAGUGAAAUAGUUUUUGAUUAUGCAUUGGAAUUAGAGUGGGCUUUUAAAACAACGGCAGCUUUCCAUGGAUGAUGCAGCUUACAAAUGCUGCCAGCCUCUUCCAUUCCCUGCCACCUGUUCAUUAUUAUCUCCAAAUGUUCAUGGUAUCAUUGAGUGUUACUGCAAGGUAUUGCCCCCCAAAGGCUUGUCUCACUAAGCAUCCACUUAUUUAAUACCUAGCAUUUGCAUACUAUCGCUAAAAAAAAUUGUGAGCAAUUUCUUUUGAAGGAGAGGCCCCUGGAGACACCAGAACAGAGGCUUAAAUACUCCACUUUGUUCUAUAUGGUUAGGUAUGAUUUUUGAUAUAUUAAUGAAACCAUGUGCAAUACUAAGCACCCACCUCCCCAAAGUUGAGUGAAUCAUUUGUGUAAUCAAUGAGCAUCAAUUCUUUCAAGUGGUUCUCAGACAAGCAUAUAACAUGAACUCCCUCUCCAGCUAUGGUGAAGUUUAAGUUGACUGCACAGAAACCAAUCCCUGGUCUCAAAUGCUGGUUUUUUUUUUUUGUUGUUGUUCUAAUGCAGCAUAGAUAAUUAGAAUGGCAUUUGUGAUUUCUUCGUUCCUUGCAUGUCAAUACAUGUGCAUUCAUGAAACCUUUCAUAUACUGGUAGAGUAACACGCCUGCGGAUGGAACAUAAUUACCUUCUCCCCCCCCCCAUAACUAUCUGCAUUUUUAUUAUACCAUUAAAAUGGAUAUUGGUUUUGGAAUGGGGUUUCCAUUUUGUCUUUGUUUUCACCUGGGUGCAAUGAUUCUCUGACAACCAUGGGCACAAUUCAGGCAAAGCUAAGCACUUUUAAGGUCUGCUGAUUUCCAUAGGCGAGUUUGGUUUGUGCUUGGCUCUCCCUCAUUGAAAUCAGUGGGACUUGUGUGCUUAAUGCUGGUGAAAUUUGUCCUGCUGAAAUGCAAUCAUGGCCGUAGAUCCGGGUUUCAGUCCCUUCUACAACCAUGCUCUCGGAAAACUCCAAAAUAUUUUGAUCACUGCUGUGGUAAAGCUGCUCACUGCCUACAUAAAUGUCAAGAGCACCACAAUAAAUUAAUAUUAACUGCAGUGUUAGUAUUAUAUUUGGUACUAGCUGCAAAAGUACCCUUAAUACAUAGUAUUUCGUUAAAAAAUAUUAAAGUAAAUACUGUAUAUUGGAACUUGCUUGUAAAGAUGAUUUAAAAACUUGUAUGUAAAGACUUUCCUCCGUGUUGCUUUAGUGAAUAAAAUUCAUAAUUCUGAAUGUCUUUGUGUGUUACAAGUUAUUUGUCUCCAUUUUUGUGGUUUGCUUGGGUAGAUUCUGGGAGAUGCAGAGUGUUCUGGAUCUUAAUUUUAAAAUGAUUAUUCUGCCGCCUAGUGUUGUCAACAGAAAUCUGGACAAAUCACAAUCCGUUGGCUCAUCUGAAAUCCAAUAUAAUUUUAGAUGAACAGAAUAAUGGAAAUAAUGGGGUAGUGACAACAAUGGGUCCUACAAAAAUGUUUUGAACACGUCCAGUCAAAAGUUAAUGCUACUGCAUUCAGUCAAACUUACUCCCAAGCUAUGCAUAGGAAUUCAGUCACGCUAAUUCAUAAUAAACUGAGUGUUACUACGUGUCCCGUUGAUUUUGGAUUGGGUGUAUAAGACUGCACAGUUGCUUACAUUUUAAGACUCCUUGGGGGUAAUGACUUUGGGGCUGCCAUGAUGUGCUCUUUUAUUUCAAAAUUUACUAGUACACCACUCCACAACAAUCUUUUAAAACAAUCUUUUCACUCUUUCGGUAUUAAUCCUUACUGUUAUUUGGUGCUAUCUCGCUGUCCUCCUCAGAAGAAAAUGUCUAUACAGUGGUACCUCGGGUUACAAAUGUUUCCGGUUACAAACGCUUCAGGUUACAAACUCCGCUAACCCAGAAAUAGUACCUCGGGUUAAGAACUUUGCUUCAGGAUGAGAACAGAAAUUGUGCUACGGUGGCAGCAGGAGGCACUAUUAGCUAAAGUGGUAUCUCAGGUUAAGAAGUUUCAGGUUAAGAAUGGACCUCCGGAACAAAUUAAGUUCUUAACCAGAGUUACCACUGUAUAAUAGUUGAACAUGUAAAAUAUUAAUAAUUGGAGGGGACCAGUAUUCUAGUUAUUGUACUUCCCUGCUUUUUAAUAUUGCAUCAGUCUGUGCAGUCUGUUUCUGCAGAUUGCUGCUCUGAAAGUAAGGAUUUCAUGUGGUAACUUGGAUUUCAUUGGAUAUAAAACACUGCAAUCCAGACACACAUUUUGAAGCCCCACACACAUUUGAUGGGAGUUGACUUACGUGUUCUUGAAAUGUAGUAUGCACUCCACUCACUCCUUGUCUUUCAUAAAAAACAAUGUCAGGCCUUCUGUGAUUUCAGCAUGUGUUUCUUUAGCACCUAGCUCUGUGUAAAUACUUAUUUUUGUAUCCACCCUUACUACAUUUGUAGGCCAUAUGUUUUCCAAGGAUCUGGUGUUUUCUUGGCUGAAUCCUCUUAACACCUUCAUAAAGUGACUGGCCAACGUGAGCGAGCUCAAAGGCCUUGUAUGAAUUUGCCCCCAGCUCUCUCUAGUCCAGGCAUCCCCAAACUGCGGCCCUCCAGAUGUUUUGGCCUACAACUCCCAUGAUCCCUAGCUAACAGGUCCAGUGGUCGGGGAAGAUGGGAAUUGUAGUCCAAAACAUCUGGAGGGCCAAAGUUUGGGGAUGCCUGCUCUAGUCCUAACUCCCAACAUCCUGUCUACUGUACUACAUGGGAUGUCCUCUUCCAAAUAGCAUUUUAGCAUCUCUUCAUCUGUAAGGUACAUUAGGCAGAUAGUCGCUUGGGCAAGGACACCCAUCGAACACAUAAAGGAUUUAAAGCAGAAUUUCCCAUGUCCAGGCCCAGCAAUCAAACCACUGCACCCAAUGGAAGAGGCAGCUUGAGGAGAGGAACUGGUCUACUCCAGCCCAUAAUGGAUUGCAGUAAGCCCUCAGUUUACGUGGAGGUUAUGUUCCGUGGAUUGCUCCUAAAGCCAAAAUCGCAUAUAGUCAAAACAAAUGGGGUGCAAUUGCAGUUGGGAUAUCCAAAGUUUAUUUCCUCGACACCCGCCCACUUUUUAAUUGUAAAAGAAAGUGGUCAAGCACAUAAAGCUAAAUGCGCACAAGUUACAUGCAUGUAAGUUAUGGGCUUACUGUAUACUAAAUAGCCUAGAGGUAAGGAUUAAAGUCAAGGCUGAGAUUUGUGCAAUAAACAAGAGACAAAGUACCAACUCUCUUUCCACAAAUAGGACUCAACAUUCCGAGUGCUGAGUAAAACAAUUGCAUGUGAAGUGCUUUGGCUGCUUGCUUCCUGUUUCCUGCUUGUGUCUUCACAAAGCAAGUGGGCCCAUGCCGUUUCUGAGCUAGCCCUAAGAAGUUUGAGCUCUAAUGCAGCCAUAGCCCACGUGGUACAACUCCCAUUAUGAAUGACCAUUGACCACAAUGGCAGGGGCUAAUGGGAACUGUAGUACAACAUCAUCUGGAAAGGCACCACAUUGUUUACCCUUAUUCAAAUGCUACAAAUUGAUUGCAGGAGAGGAAGAAAGAGAAAGAUCUAUUAUGGCAACCUGAGUCCAACUAAAUGAUCAAAGCAGGCAUCACCCCCUGGCACGCAAUCCACCUCAGUUCGAGAAGAAGCUGUUCCUCCUUCACCCAGUCUUUAAUCAAAGCACCUAGUAUUUAGCCCCUCUGGCCAAGCCUGGUAACUUAGUUCAAUUCAACUCCAAUUACUACUACUUUUUAACUGGAAAGAGCAGGCUGUUCUCUUGUCAGAUGUGCCUCAAGCCAGGAAGCACCUGCUUUUCUCCAAAUCAAGAGUGGAAAAGGGAGUGUGAGGCAAGAGAAGGUAAUGGAUGAUUUAGAAGAGGGUGAUGUUGCACCAUGAGCUGUUUUUGUGAAAGUAUGUGGUCUUUCUUCUUCACAGCACUGUGAUGGUCCUCCAGUGUCAGUGCUUCUGAAUAGCAUACAUUUUUUUGACUAGGUAGUCCUCGCAAGGUGAUCUUACUACUCGGUUUUUGCAAUUUGUGUGGAAUAGGUAAAUCUGAACAGUUACCAGAGGAAGCACAAUCUAGCUUCUAUUUCACACACAGAGAACCUGGGCAUGAAAGGAGCAGGGUAAAAUUGUCACAUGAGUUUUGGCACCUCCCAGAAAUUGUAUAUCUGCUUUGCAGUGCCAGUGGGCAGGCCUGUUAUUUCUGUCUUCCCCACUUGUUGUUUUAAAUCAAAGCUUAUGGGAGAAAGAAAUGCUUUGCUUUGGCUGUUGUGCAGCAGAGGGCACUGUGAUGCAAGCUAAUGGGGGGAAAGUGAAUUCUUAAAAGGUAUGUGAAACUCCUGCCCUGCCUGCAUUAAAAACAGCUUCUUUCUGCAAUGACUGGGUCCUUGACAAAUGUGGUUGCUGCAGUCUACCCCUCACGUCUCCUGUUCUCACUGUUGGGAGGAUCACAAAUUAAACACUUAACUGUAUUCUGAAUUUUCUCUCCCCGACUCACAAUAUAUUUGACAGUGAGCAGCAGCAAAUUAGCUCAGCCACAACUCUUCAGCUGAAAGAAACUGUCAUUACUUUGGUGGGAGGAGGGGAACAGAGAGUGAUUGAUAACCCAAGUAAAGUAUGUUUGUAAUUAAUGUAUAUCAUUCAUAGGCCUCAUAUUUCCAGCUGGUUGCAUUUAUAAUUCAUAGCUAUGGGAAGAAAAGACAUGGGGAGAGGGCUGAAUACUGUGGGGCUGGGAGGGUUUCUCCUCACUUUGAAUAGAUGCCAAUCCAGUAAAAUCUUCAUAAAUCUUUCUGCAGUCCAAUAUAAGACUGCUAUAAAUUGCAAACUUCGGGGCAAGCUUCUUCCAGCCCACCCCACUGUAUGUUCUACAACCAAGUUGCUCUUUCCCAGUCCCCAGAAAAGCUGCAGAUUGAACCUAUAUCUUUCUGCAAAAAACAUAUACAUUGCCACUGAAUUGCACCAUUUCCCUGUUUUACAGGUGAGUAAGGAACUUGUAUGAAGGUUUUGAACAAAUAAGGGUAGACUCAUAGGGGGAAUUCAACCUUGUGCUAAGAUGAUAAGCGCAAGCAUUUCUGGUUGCCAAAGGGAGUGUUCUCCGCUCUCUUCCCCACCCUUCAGAGCAGAUGUGGGGACAAGAAGUGUGUGGGGGGGAGCCCCAUUGUGCUAGCAGGAGACUUUGUACUGGCUUCUGCUAGUACUGUGGGUUAGCUAGAUCCAACCUAUGGAGUUGAAUCCAGACUUAAUUUAUUCAUCGCUUUCCCCAGUCGAGGAAGUCUGAAAGCAACUUAAAAAGUAAAAUACAAAAAAUAUAUAAAAAAUACAUAGCAUAUAGAUCCUACUGAAACUAGCGGGAAAAGAUAAGUCAUGUCUUGAUUUUCAUUGAAAUAAAGGUGACUGUAAUAUUGCCUGAAGUUGGCUACAGUUACAUGUAAAUGUUAAUUCCACAUUUGGGUAUGGGUGUCUAGAGAUGAACAAGGUAGCUCAUUGCCCCUCAUGACUGUUCUUGUCACUCUCCAACUUGUAGAGGAUGACCUUGGAAGCAAGGAGCCUUCUGCAAAGCUCCUUGUUUGUUUAAAUUGGGUGGCAGAGAUUGUGUCCUUAUACCCUGUUCUUUCUUCUGGGUAGAUAUGCAUACAAUUACUCUGUACAUCUAGAUCUGUGGUUCCCAAUGUGGGGCAAUUUGAUUUUUAAGUGGGGCAAUUCAAGAAUGAGUUAUUAACAGUGAAUGGCCUUUAAGGCUUCCUCCACGUGAAUAGGAGCUCACUUUUGGAAUAAUAAGAAUUAUAUGUCACGG